AUGGUGAAAGAUUUUCAUAUUUUUACGAACCGUCGCCCAGUUAAAACUACUCAUCCUAUCAUGAGUAAAUUUUUAUCUUCUCUAGUUGGAGAAGAGUGGAAACGUGUUCGCUCAAUAGUGACGCCCACGUUUACUAGUAGUAAAAUGAAGAAUUUGUUCCAUAUAAUGAAAAAUUCCUCGAAUGAUAUGCUAGAAAAAUUGGAAAAAGCGGCAGCAGAAGAAAAUAGGGAAAUCGAUCUGAAGAAGCUUUACGGUGGCUAUACAAUGAACGUGAUUGCCAAGUGUGCAUUUGCAACAGAAGCCGAUUCCGAGUUUGAAAAUAAUGCAACACAACUAUUCACAUUUCCCUUUUGGCGGAAAUUUCUCGAUUACACCGUUCCAAUGUGGUGGUUAGAUUUCAUUAAAUUCACCGUUCUGCCACAGGGUGCAAUGGAUUUUUUUCGUUCGAUUACUGUUGGUCUUAUCAACCAACGCGUGAGCACUAAUCAACAAUAUAGAGAGCACUAUCAUGACUUUUUAGAAUUGCUAAUGAAUGCGAAAAGGCUCGGCUCGGGAGAAAUAUCAAAGUCUAUCAAAGACAUUGACGAUGCUUCGUUCCGAAAAGAAACUGAUGACGAGAAAACACUGAAUCAAAACGCAUUAUCAGACACAACAGCGUAUGACGGAAAGAAGAAGCUAGACGAAAAUGAAAUAUUGGCGCAAUGUGUUCUGUUUUUUUCUGUUGGUUUCGAAACAUCAUCGCAAUUGUUGGCCUAUUGUACCUACUGUUUGGCACUUAAUCCUGACUGUCAAGAAACGUUGCAUAAUGAGAUUGUAGAAACUAUCAACAGCAAUCACGGAGAGUUUAACUACAAUAUGGUGCCGAAAAUGAUCUACUUGGAUGCGAUCAUAUCCGAGACACUGCGCCUCUACAAUCCGGUACUACGAAUGGAACGGCAGGCAUCCGAAAAUUAUACUUUGGGCAGUACGGGCAUUAUUAUAGAAAAAGGAAUGAUUGUUGGUAUCCCUGUGUGGGCACUCCAUCAUGAUCCUCAGUACUAUCCGGAGCCUGAUUUAUUCAAACCGGAACGAUUUUUAGCUGGAAAUCGAGAACGCCUUGUGCCCUAUACAUAUUUGCCGUUUGGUACUGGACCGAGAAAUUGUAUCGGAGCACGUUUUGCUUUGUUAGAAACGAAAAUAGCCCUAAUAAAAGUUGUUUCAAAAUAUCGUUUCGUUGAAUCAAAAACAACUAGAAUUCCACUUCGAUUUUUGCCUGUUGGUCGACCACUCUUACGUUGCGAACAUAUAGCCACUGGCGUCGAAAAAAGAUUAUGA